AUGACUGAAGAGCGCAACAUCAUCGUGCUCGGCGCUUCAGGCGCCGGUCUUCAAGCAACCCACUACAUCCUCAAGCACAUACUACCUGCUCUCAAAGCUAAGAAUGAUGCCAAGUACCACGUCUAUACCAUCGCGCCGUCCUCGACUUGGUACUUUAGAAAUGCUUCGCCUCGCGUCGCAGCUUCAACUGACCGCAUGUCGACCGAAAAAGUCUUGUUCAAUCUACACGAUGCGUUCAAGCAGUACUCCAAGGAAGACUUUAGCUUUGUCGAAGCUACUGCAACUGGUCUUGACACAUCAGCACAGAAAGUCUCGUAUCGCAGCAAAUAUGGAAAAGAGGACCAGACUUUGCCAUAUCACGCCUUGAUUGUUGCUACGGGCAGUAGCACCUACUUCCCUGCCUUUUCCAUGAGUGGAGAUGCUCAAGCUACUCUUGACUCAGUCGCUUCGACCAACGAGAAGGUGGCGUCAGCGAAGAAGAUUGUCAUUGCUGGAGGCGGAGCGACAGCCGUGGAAUUUGCUGGUGAAGUUGCCGAGCAUCGCAAUGGCAAGCCGGGAUGUUUUAGCAAAGUCGAGCCAAAAGUCGAGGUCACCUUGAUCACAUCUGAUGCGAAGCUCCUCCCUGGUCUACGCCCUGCAAUUGCCGAAACAGCAGAGCGCAAGCUCAACGCUCUUGGUGUAAAGAUUAUCUACAACACACGUGUGACCGAGUCCACGUCCAAAGAAGACGGUCAGACGGUAAUGACGCUCCAGAAUGGGGACAAGCUGGCUGCAGAUCUCUACGUGCCUGCCUAUGGUGUUCGACCAAACUCUUCAUGGCUUCCGAAAGAGCUUCUGGAUGACAAGGGCUACCUCAUUACCAGCUCUACUCUUCGCGUUGAUGCAGCGGGUCCCCGUGUGUAUGCCCUUGGCGAUAUCGGUUCCUACUCACGCAACAACUACUUCGAUAUCUUGAAUGGUCUACCUGUUCUUGUCACCAACCUCAAGCGCGACUUACUGUCUUUUGACCCCGCACGCCCUGAUGAGAAGCCCAAAGGAAAAGACCGGGAAUUUAAGCCCGACACAAGGGAGUCAAUGGUAGUCCCGAUUGGAAGCGGUGGUGGCGUUGGCGUUCUCAUGGAUUGGAAGCUCCCAAAUUUUGUGGUCUGGCUAGCUAAGGGUAGAGAUUAUAUGGUGGGUAUGAGUGGGCUUUCUACGUCAGGUGGCGACAGUGUCAAGAAGGAGGUCAAGUGGACUGCUGAGGAGGCUGCUAUUUGA